AUGAAGUUCGUAUCGGAAAUCUGGCAUCCAAAUAGUGAGUCUAUUUUCUUUAACAAGGAAGGGAAUGUUUGCAUUUCCCCCCCCCCCCCCCCCCCAUUUCCAUUCUUCACGAUCCAGGAGAUGAUAAGUGCAUGGGGUUAUGAGCGACCUGAAGAGCGUUGGCUUCCAGUACACACGGUUGAGACGAUACUGUUGUCGGUUAUCUCCAUGCUAGCUGAUCCCAAUUUCGAGUCACCCGCCAAUGUUGAUGCCGCGAAAAUGCAACGGGAGAACUACUCCGAGUUCAAGAAACGAGUGGCUGCAUGCGUUCGCAGAAGUCAGGAGGAGUGA